UCGCCUCACCUGUCAUGGACAGUUAUUUUCUUCAAUGUACUAGCAAUAUACCAUACUACCGUAACUGUAUACAUUUACAAUUCACCAGAAAUGUUUGACGAUCUCAUUUAUAAGCACACUGCAGUAUGUGAAUGUUUAGUAGCUAUAUCAAUAGGUUAUUUUGUGUAUGAUUUUAUUGACAAUAUCACAUACAGGAGGCUUGCAGAAUCAUGGGCUAUUCUUCUCCAUCAUGUUACCUUCUGCUGCGGUGUUGGAGUAGCUUUGGCGAUUCAACAGUACAUUGGGUAUUCAGCUGUUACCUUACUAGCCGAGGUUAACAGCAUCUUCCUCCACUCCAGACAGAUUAUGUUGAUGAUGAAUAUCUCGAAAUCGUCAAUGAUGUAUUUUGUUAACAACAGUUUUAACAUAAUAACAUUUGUUUUGUUACGUUUUGGUACGUCCUUCUGGUUAACGUGGUGGUUAUAUGUAAACUAUGUCCGUAUGCCAACCUUUUUAAUUGCUGUUGCUGGCUUUGGACUUGUAGUCAUGCACAUUGUCAACUUUGGCUUAUUUUCCAGACUGAUCACAAGCGAUUUACUAAGCAAACAGACCAGCAAGAGCAAAAAAGAUCAUGACGAGGAACCCAAUGACAUUUUGUUAGGCUAGUAGCUGGGAAUUUGCUGGUUGGUUGUUACUAAUAUUUAAACCUGGUUAUUUUAUUUGGAUUUGCUUGUGAAAAAAAAAUAGCUAUGUGUAUGUGAGUAGAGAGUAGGCCUAUAUUACAGGGUAGGCCUAUAUUACAGGGUAUAGUAUACAAUAUGUUAUAAAAUUCAACGAAAAAUAUGGAAAAGUUAUUUUUGUUAUUGUUCUGCAAUUCAAAGUUCUGGCAUUUUCUACUACAGAAUAUGUUUAACAUUAAGUUGGGAUGACAUUCACUCUAAUAAUGUAGUUUUUAUAAUGUAUUGGAGUUAUUCUGAUAUUUGUUGUACCAUGAAUAUCCGAACUUCAUGUUUUUAUUUGGAUGUUGUUUGUAUUAAUUUUGUAUGGGAUAUAUUUAUUUUGUAAAUGUUAAGCACCAGUAUUUUACGCUGUAUAUUACGGUUUAACGUUAUUAUUAUUAUUAAAAUGAUGGAAUUUCAUAAUUUAGGGUGAUAGUCACAGUACACUAAAUAAUAAAAUUUUAUUUUUGAUGCAAU